AACGGAGGUCAAGGCAUGGGAUCAGACUGUGCCCCUGUUGGCUUCCUGCGGUGCCUUUCCCUUCCUCACCCAGAUCUGGUUCUCCAUUUCAGAGCUGUCGGAAAGCGACACUGGUGGAUCCCUCCGAUGGUGGAAAACAUCACCGCUGCUCUCGAGGACCAGGAGUUUGCCGGAAUGCCACAAGUAGCGGCAGCUAUCUACAUCGAGCUGCUCAGCUGCCGUCUGCAGGUCUAUCCCUGUGAGGAGACACUGGAGCAGCUCCUCACCUGGCUGAAACAUGACCACCUGCAAGUCCGGAAGCUCAGCGUCAGAGGGAUAUCCCUGCUUCUGGACUCUGACAUGGACCCUUCGCUUCUGCGGCUGUCACUGCUGGAUUUCCUCCCUGAUGCAGAAGCUGAUGUCUUCCCAGAGUUGAUAGAGCUGGUAGACCAAGCCUACCUCUCCAGGGAGCUGGGAGAGGAAGACCUGAAGAUGCUGGCGGCAACCUACUGCGGUCUGACUGCCCAUGAGGAAGCCUCUGCCCGGGCAUCAGCCAUCCAACAUCUGGGGCUGCUUCGGGGCUGGGUGAGAGACCAAGGGCUUCCCAUAACAACAACAGAAGAAGCAGCCAUUAAUGAACUGGUCGCCGUCCUCAUUCACCUCGAAGACGAGGACGAGGUGGCCAAGGCCGCAAGGAGGGCUCUUUCCCAUCUAGCCCCACAAGUCAAGUGGUGGGCGCAUCCCGAGAAAUUUAGCCUCCACUUUGCUCUCCACCAGGCUGCCAAGCAUCUGAGCAAGACCUUCAGCAAGAACAUCCUUCGGAGUGCUGCCUUGACAUGUACGAAGCCGUCUGCCAACAGGCUGCCAGCAGUCUCCAGGGUGGCAGCUCUGCUUCUGGGUCAUCUGGCUUUCCGGGAUGCCAGUUUCAUCCACAGUGAAGACAUGGCAUCCUAUGGUACAUGGCUGGAAGAGAUGCAGCAGCACGAGGAAGAAGGGCUCAGGCGGACAGGGAGGAGCUGCCUGAACAUCAUGCAGCGGGCCUGUAAACAUCGGCAGAAAGGCAGGGUCCAGCGCCUUGUGAGGAGGCUGCUCCACUGUGUUCACAGGGAACCUUACCCGCAGGACUUCCUGAGCUGCAUGCCAGGUGAAACGUCCGAAAUCGCGCCAGGCCAAGGCAACGUGAACAUCAGCGUUGUGCUGCAGAGAUACCAUCUUCUGCUCUCCGUGGGAUCCACUCUGGACCAGCGCCAGGAACAUCAAGGCCAUCAGGAUCGACCAAGAGGAGUGGUGCUGCCCUCACAACCCUCCAUACAUAGCGAACUCUUACUGCAGCGCCGCAGCCAGCAUCCUCCCCACGCCGUCCCACACCCUGUGAGCGGAUGCCACAGCAGUAACCUCUGGGGCCGAGCCACUUGGUGUUCCUCUGCGGUCCGGAGUGGCGGCCAUGGGCGACACCUAACUCAGCGCCAGCCGCAGCAGCGAAAUCCAGAAGCCGAGAAGGGGGGUUAUUGA